AUGGAAAUCCCUUGGGUCGAGCUCCAACAGCCGGAAAAAGGCCAUGGAGGCUACCAAAGCCUCAACCCCCACUCGGAAAUCUUGCAAAAAGGUACCCGCACCGCGCCUGGUCGAAAAGUCCUGACCUGUGAUAUUCUCGUUGAGCACGAUGUCUCAAUUGUCGUCUCAGACGGCUGUACUCUCUACGCCGACAUCUAUCGUCCGCCAUCUGCACCUGAACGAACAACCCCGGCAAUCCUUUGCUGGAGUCCGUUCGGGAAGAAGUUCAGCGGAGUCGACUCCCUCAAACUGAUGACACCCUGGAACCUGGGAAUUCCCGAUGGAACGCUCAGUGGUCUGGAGAAAUUUGAGGCUCCAGAUCCUGCUGAUUUUGUGGAUCGUGGAUACGCCAUCAUCAAUAUCGAUUCCCGCGGAGCUUUCGAUUCCGAGGGUCGAAUGACGAUCAUGGGGUCUCAAGAAGCACAAGAUGGGUAUGAUGUUAUUGAAUGGCUUGCCAAACAGCCUUGGUGUAAUGGUUCUGUCGGAAUGGGCGGGAACAGUCACUUGGCCAUUAUUCAAUGGUUCGUCGCUGCUCUCAACCCCCCGUCUCUCAAGUGCAUCGCUCCAUUCGAGGGGUGUGGAGACCUCUAUCGAGAGCAGUUUGCCCGCGGAGGAAUAUACGGCGGCGAUCUUUUCGACCAUCUCAUUCAAAAGUAUAUGCUGCGAGGGAGGAAUGGUAUCGAGAGUUUCAGGAAGAUGUUCCAGGAGCACCCUCUUGCAAAUGAGUGGUGGAAUGAUAAGAGGCCGGAUAUGACCAAGAUCAAAAUUCCGACUUACAUCACUGGGACGUACUCGAACACAAUGCAUGGAAUGGGUGCUAUUCGAGGCUGGUUGGAGGUUGACUCGCCGCAAAAAUGGCUUCGCUUCCAUCCGUGGCAGGAGUGGUUUGAUCUGUGGGGAAACCCUCAGGCAAAAUCCGAGCUCUUUUCUUUCUUCGAUCGUUAUUUGAAGGGGAUCGAUAACGAGUGGGAGAAUACUCCGCGUGUGCGAAUGGCUGUGCUAAAGUUUGGCGAGAAGGCACCCCUUGAGAAUGUCGUCGAGGAAGAUUUCCCCUUGCCUCGCACUGAGUACCGGAAGGCUUUCCUGACCAUAGAUGGACUGAGCAUGGAUCGACCUGCUUCUACCACGGGUACUGUGUCAUAUAACUCGGAAGAUCCUAAAGAUACGGCAAAGUUCAAGUAUACAUUCACAGAGCGCGCCCAGUUGGUUGGGAUCCCCAAGGCUGUGUUAUACAUGCACUGUGAUGAUCUCGACGACAUGGACGUCUUCCUCAUUUUGACGAAACUCUCGGCCUCCGGAGAGAUGCUUUCAACCUUGAACAUCCCAUGGAAGAACCUCCCUGUUUCUUCCAUUGCCGAAAUCCCCGAUGAUCUCCGAACCGAGGUUAUCCUCUAUCAGGGUCCAACUGGAAUACAAAGGGCCUCAAAUCGGGCCAUUGAUACUUCUCGGUCCAUGCAUCCGAAUUGGCCUUUCUAUACCCAUGAGAAAGAAGAAAAGGUGACACCAGGGACUGUUGUGCGCCUGGAGAUUGGUAUUUGGGCUAUGGGUGUGGAAUAUGAAGCUGGGGAAAGCAUUGAGUUGAGGGUUGGUGGCCGUUAUCAGGGGAUUUCAAACUUUGGUACUAGUGACCAUGUGAGAAACAAGGGACUGCACUGGAUUCAUGUGGGAGGGGAGACUGAUAGUCAUUUGGUAUUACCAUUUGUGUAA